ACUCGAAUAACCCAACUCGGAGUCAUACAGAAUGGAGAACAUGAAUGAAGGAAGAGUUGCAAGUCGCAGUUGGGGAUGCGGGAUGCUGCCUUCUGCUCUGCUUACGCUGCGAAUGCUGGGCCAGCUGGAGGAAAAGGAGCAGAAGGAUGCCGAGGAGUUAUACGAGAACUGCACACGCUCCUGGCGCGACCAGUUCAAGAAUCCGAAUAUGGCGAACUUUGCCAUUGGCAUGGAGUUCAUGAGCCAGUGCCGACGCUCUCCGGUGUCCUCGGAGCGCACCUUCAGUAUGUACUCGGACAAUGGCAAUUCCUCGAUCGAGACUCCGCGGUUGUUUCAACCUUACUUAUCCGACCCUCUGGCCAUCUCGGAUGUGGAAAAGCAUUCCGCUCUAAUCACAGGAAAGUCCUUGAGCCGGCGCUGCCGCAUCUAGGCGGAGUUCACCCACUGCCGAAGCCAACUGCCGCGCGAAUGCUCUGCGGAGCAGAUCUUUUAUGGAGCGGGAGAGUCUGUCUGUGCGGAAUAAAUUGUGCAUUUCAUCUUGUUUUCUUUCUCUGACACCAUUUGGGUCUCUUCAGA